UGUUGCCACUAACAAGCCUCUCUCAGCUGGGUGGGUGUUAAUUUCAAUCUGCAGUCAGAUGUCCUUAAAUUUGACCCUCUGGUACAGGGUCACUUGCCAGGGUGGGGAGUGAGACAUUUUUUCCUUGUCUUUCUCCUUCUCUUUUUUAUAAUUCCUUCUUGGGCAAAAGGCUGGCGUAAUAGAAAACAGACACGAGUCAGAAUGUGAGGCAUUCACAGGAGAAAAAGUUCAGUUCCGUCCUCACUGUGUGGAUAAGUCAGGAGAGGAAAACAGAAAAGGCUAAGUAGUCUAAUCAUACAGUGUUUGUUGUUUUUACCAUGUGGGGGAGAUGAUGUUGUUGUUAGCUAGUGUGUCACAGCGUCAGAUCAGGAUUAGGAUGGAUCCUCCAUGCCAUCGGCACGGACUUGGCACGGGAUGGCUGUGAAAAUGUGGACAAAGUUAUGUCUGAACAGAGCGUGCAGUCCAACUUCUUCUCCAGAUUCUAGUUGAAAAGCCUCUAUGACCACCAUGAGCUGGAGCUUUCUCACGCGUCUUCUGGAAGAGAUCCACAACCAUUCCACCUUUGUGGGGAAAGUGUGGCUCACGGUGCUCAUCAUAUUCCGCAUUGUGCUGACCGCCGUGGGGGGCGAGUCCAUCUACUCUGACGAGCAGACCAAGUUCACCUGUAACACCAAGCAGCCCGGUUGUGACAAUGUGUGCUACGAUGCCUUCGCCCCACUCUCACAUGUCCGCUUCUGGGUCUUCCAGAUCAUCAUGAUCUCCACCCCCUCAGUAAUGUACCUGGGCUACGCCAUCCACAAGAUAGCCCGCACCUCAGAGUUGGAGCGCCGGAAGUUCCACCGCCGGAAGAAGCUCAUUCAUGCUCAAAGGUGGACGGAUAGCCACCCGCUUGAGGAGGUGCGGGAGGAGGAUGAGGACAACGAUGCAGAGCCUAUGAUCUACCAGGAGGAGGUGGUGGAAGCCCAAGAAGUCAAGCCUGAGCCGGCCAAGCCGCAGAAACAUGACGGCCGCCGGCGGAUCAUGCAAGAGGGCCUGAUGAGAAUCUAUGUCCUUCAGCUACUGUCCCGGGCCGUGUUUGAGAUCGGCUUCCUGGCGGGCCAGUAUCUUCUCUACGGCUUCCGUGUUAAUUCAUCAUAUGUGUGCAAUAAGUUGCCCUGUCCCCACAAUGUAGACUGCUUUAUAUCUCGGCCGACGGAGAAGACCAUCUUCCUGCUCAUCAUGUAUGUCGUCAGCUGCCUCUGCCUGCUCCUCAACGUGUGUGAGAUGUUCCACUUGAGCAUUGGAACAUUCCGAGACACUCUCCGCAAGAGGAGAAAUCAGGGGGGUCGACGGCCCUCGUACAGCUACCCGUACUCCCAUAACAUCCCCGCCUCUCCCCCCGGGUACAACCUGGUCAUGAAGUCAGACAGGCCCAACCGGAUUAUCCCCAACAGUCUAAUUAUGCACCAUGAGCAGAACAUGGCCAACGAUGUCCAGGAACAUAACCAAGAGUGCACCAGUCCAGAUGACAACAUCCCCUCGGACCUAGCCAGCCUGCACCGCCACCUACGGGUGGCCCAGGAGCAGCUCGAAAUGGCCUUCCAGACCUACAACACCAACAAGAACCAGCCCACCUCGAGGACAAGUAGUCCUGGAAGCACCUUGGCAGAGCAAAUCAGGGUCAACACAACCCAGGAGAAACAAGGAGCCAGGCCGAAAUCAGCCACUACAGAGAAAGCUGGGACCGUUGUAAAAAAUGGAAAGAGUUCUGUAUGGAUUUAGGAAUUAUUAACUUCACGUGGUACAGUAAUCUUAGUGAAAAGUAAUUUUCAAUCUCCAGGUCCAUAUUCUGUGGAUAAUGGAAGAUGUGAAAUGAGACAAGAUAGGUAAAAUCUUUGGAGCGUGAAUCGAUUGCUCUGCCUGAAUAGAUUUAGCUUUAUCACAAGGAGAAACCAGCAGUGUGACGUGUCAGAUCAGGAGCACACAAAAUAGGCACUAUUUACAUGUGAUAUCAAAACAAUGGUAAACAAAAAAAGGAAAAACAAACAUGAAGAUAUCACUAAAUACAGUAGUAGUGUAUCCUAUUAUUAGGGUGUCUUUUUGUGCUAUAACAUAGCUUGAACAUAGUUAAUAUAUGCAUAUGUUGCUUAUUCAAACAUUUCUUAUUUUAGCUACUUACGAAUAUAGGGAGAUAUAAAAUGAACCAUGAUGGCAAUAUAUUUAGAAUUAUUUUUACUGGGAUUAUUAAUUUAACCUUGCUUUUGAACUGGAUUAAUUUGACAGAAUACAUUUAAUUUGUCUUUAAAACUAUAACAAUAUGCAAGUGUGUCUUUUUUAAAUGGUGGUCUAGUUAAAAGCAAUACCGUGGUAAGCACAUUUUAAUGGCACUACGAUUGAAUCCUGAUGAUGUUUAAGAAAAGGACGGUGAACCAAAUGUGAAAAGUAAUCUAGACAUUCCUAACUGUUCAGAUUUGAACUUGGAACCUUUUAACUAAUUUUGAGUUGUAUUAAGACAUUUAGAAAAAUAUGCAUUAAUAAUUUAUUUGAGGAAGAAAUGCUGGAUAUGUAUGGGUUAUGUUGAAAGAUAAGAUGUGAAAUCUUAUAGGACAAAUGCUGUUUCAUCAGCAGAGGUUUGAGCAAAACUGUUCUCCAUAGAGUAAGAUUUUAUUUCACUCUAGUUUUCAAAGCGUUGUUGUAAGAUUACAUUUUUAUUUAGCAUUUUGCAGUGACAGAAAAAGGUAAGUAGGUUGUUGUUUUGAAAAUUUAAACAACCAAUUUCUGAUAAUUUCUGCUGUUUUUGUGGGGUAGAUAAUGAAUGAAUUGACUUUGCUACAUUUUAACACAUUGUACAUAUACAGUACAAUGCACAUAGUAGAAGAUGUACACUGAGUGUACAAGACAUAGGACACUUGCCUAAUAUUGAGUUGCACCCAUUUGCUAAAUGACUAAAAUGUAUAAAUGUAAAUGUGUCGAAAGUGUUUCACAGGGAUGCUGGCCCAUGUUGACCCCUAUGCUUCUCACAGUCAUGUCAAGUUGGUCUUUGGGUGGUGGACCAUUCUUUAUACACACAGGAAACUGUUGAGCAUGAAAAAUCCAGCAGUGUUGCAGUUCUUGCCACAAACCGGUGCACCUGACCCCUACUACAGCACCCCAUUCGAAGGCACUUAAAUCCUUUGUCUGAGACGAAUAUACAAUAAUGUUGCAAUUGUCUCAAGACUUAAAAAUCCUUCUCCUCCCCUUCAUCUACAGUGGCUUGCGAAAGUAUUCACCCCUUGGCAUUUUCCUAUUUUGUGCCUUACAAUCUGGAAUGAAAAUUGAUUUUAUGGGGGUUUGUAUCAUUUGAUUUACACAACCGGCAUACCACUUUGAAGAUGCAAAAUAUGUUUUAUUCUGAAACAAACAAGAAAUAAGACAAAAAAAUCAGAACUUAAGCGUGCAUAACUAUUUACCCCCCCCCCCCCCCCAAAGUCAAUACUUUGUAGAGCCACCUUUUGCAGCAAUUACAGAUGCAAGUCUCUUGGGCUAUGUCUCUAUAAGCUUGGCACAUCUAGCCACUGGGAUUUUUUCCCAUUCUUCAAGGCAAAACUACGCAAGCUCCUUCAAGUUGGAUGGGUUCCGCUGGUAUACAGCAAUCUUUAAGUCAUAUCACAGAUUCUCAAUUGGAUUGAGGUCUGGGCUUUGACUAGGCCAUUCCAAGACAUUUUAAAUAUUCCCUUAAACCACUCAAGUGUUGCUUUAGCAGAAUGCCUAGGGUCAUUGUCCUGCUGGAAAGUGAACCUCCGUCCAAAUGUCAAAUCUCUGGAGGACUGAAACAACAUGUUUCCCUCAAGUAUUUCCCUGUAUUUAGCGCCAUCCAUCAUUCCUUCAAUUCUGACCAGUUUCCCAGUCCCUGCCGAUGAAAAACAUCCCCAUAGGGAUGGUGUUCUCGGGGUGAUGAGAGGUGUUGGGUUUGUGCCAGACAUAGCGUUUUUCUUGAUGCCCAAAAAUCUCACUUUUAGUCUCAUCUGACCAGAGUACCUUUUUCCAUAUGUUUGGGGAGUCUCCCACAUGCCUUUUGUCAAACACCAAAUGCAUUUGCUUAUUUUUCACUUUAAGCAAUUACUUUUUUCUGGACACUCUUCUGUAAAGCUCUGUGGAGUGUAUGGCUUAAAGUGGUCCUAUGAACAGAUACUCCAAUCUCUGCUGUUGUGCUUUGCAGCUCCUUCUGGGUUUUAAUUAGUCUCUUUGUUGCCUCUCUGAUUAAUGCCCGCCUUGCCUGGUCUGUGAGUUUUGGUGGGCAGCCCUCUCUUGUUGUUGUGGUGCCAUGUUCUUUCAAUUUUUUAAUAUAUACUGAGAUCAUGUGACAGAUCAUGUGACACUUAUUGCACACAGGUGGACUUUAUUUAAGUAAUUAUGUGACUUCUGAAGGUAAUUGGUUGCACCAGAUCUUAUUUAGGGGCUUCAUAGCAAAGGGGGUGAAUACAUAUGCACAUACCACUUUUCCAUUUAAAUUUGUAUUUUUAGAAACAAGCAAUUUUUUUCACUUCACUUCACCAAUUUGGGCUAUUUGUGUAUGUCAAUUACGUGAAAUCCAAAUAAAAAUCCAGUUAAAUUACAGGUUGUAAUGCAACAAAAUAGGAAAUACGCCAAAGGGGAUGAAUACUUUUGCAAGGCACUGUACACUGAUUGAAGUGGAUUUAACAAGUGACAUCAAUAAGGGAUCAUAUCUUUCCCCUGGUUUCACCUGGUCAGCCUAUGUCAUGGAAAGAGCAGGUGUCCUUAAUGUUUUGUACACUCAGUGUAUAUCCUCAUAAGUUUAAGUUGACAUAUUUUCUCAUAUUUAGGAAUCUGUCUUGAAAAUGGAAAGCAUUUUAUUAUUGUUUUACCACCCUUUUCUCCCCAAUUCCAUUAUUAUAUAUAUAUAUAUUUUACGUGUAUUUUUAACCCUCCUUCGGAGGACACAUAUCUUUUUCUACUUUUACAACUUUUCUGCUACAUAUACAUACAUUUUACAUACACAUUUUACAUACACAUUUUGCAUACACAUUUUACAUACAUGGUACUUUUAUUUAAAGCAAUCACAUAUCAGUAAUACAUUACCAAACAUAAAUUAUUUAAUCACACCCCUCAGCCACUCUCAGCCCAUUCCACCUAUCACAAUAGAACCCUCUUGUUUGGUUUCAUUUCUGCAACUCCCUAACGGGCUUGGGAGAGGCAAAGGUCAACUGAUGCGUCCUCAGAAACAUGACCUGCCAAGCCGCGCCUCAACACUUACUCACUUAACCCGGAAGCCAGCUGCAUCAAUGUGUCGGAGGAAACACUUUUAAACUGACAACAGAAGUGAGUCUGCAAGCGCCUGGCCCGCUGAAAGGAGUUGCUAGAGCGCGAUGAGUCAAGUUAUGUCCCACUUUUAUGGUCUUAAGUUUCAUGAGCUGUGUUGUACAAUAUGAUAUAAAACACAGGAAAUAUAGAAUUUUGACUGCACUGGGCCUUUAAAACUUUCAGAAGGCAGGUUUCCAUUUACCCAGAUUUAUUAGACAAAAGCAAUGUUGCAACAACAACACAAACAUUGCGACACAUUUAAUGGAAACGGCAGCCAUGGGAGAAAUGUUUGAAAGAUCGACAGCAUUUUUAUCUGUUCGACAAGAGUGAAUUUUUAAAUGGGUGUCAUGACUCUCUUAUCAUAAGAGUAGGGGUGUUAACCAGCCAUAAAAUGAUGCAAUAUAUGUCACAACAGGCGUAAAUAUAUUGGUCAUGACAGUGUUAUGACCAUAUUACGCCAGGUUAUACGCUGUUAUGACAUAUUAUGACAUGGUUAUGACCGUGUCAUAAUGUGUUAUGACACUGGCUGUUAAGUAAAUUGUUACCCAAGUAUCACCAUCCAGUUUGUUUUCUACAAGAUUGCAAUUUCUACCAUUGCAACGACUGUGGCGAUACGUUGGCAAAUCAGAAUGAUUAGAAAUGGCAGAUAUUAGUCAAUUCUUGCAUACUAUCCAUGCUGGGUUUUGCGGGCUACCUGAGACAUGAAACAGAUAGGUGGGAGGGCAUACAGGCAAUUUAUUAAUGCGCAAUUUGCCUAAAUGGAUCAUGGAAACACUUCAACCAUUUAAUUUGUGUUUGACACUCAGUCAGGGGUACUCAACUCUUACCCUACGAGGUCCAGGGGCCUGCUGGUUUUCAGACAAUUGUUGCAUUUAUUUUCGAUGCAAACGUUCUAAAUGUCGACCAAAAAAAAUCUCUGGCCAAGUUGAUGGAAACAUAGCUAGUGUAAAUUAAUGAAGUUGUUUUCUGCGUUGUUUAUUGUAGAUACAUAAUUCUGCCUUUAGCAUUAUGAGACUCCAAAGUGCCUCAAAUGGUUAAGAUUGUUCCUGUGUUUUAUUUAAAAAAAAUAAUAAUAAACCUAGAUGAAAAUGC